AGCACUCAAAAACAGGACCCACACUGUGAGACUGAGCUCAGAGAGACACUGGAGUGUGUUUGAGACAGAGUAGAGACUGAGUGGAGACGGAGUGGAGACAGAGUGUGUGAGACUGAGCAGAGUCUGAAAAACCUGACUCACCGAGUGGAACUUGGAAGAAAAGCUGAGAAGAACACACACAUCCUAGGGAGAAAAAAGGAGUGCAGGAGGGAAAUUAGUUUUCUUUCCAGACACACAGAAAAAGAGAGAGAGAAGAAGAGAUUCACCAAACAUAAGACCAACACCUUGAGAAACGGAGGGGGGAAAGAGGAGAAGAGUGAUUCACUUCCUUACCGGGACAAUCUGGAUUUACUGAGAGGAAAACAAUAUUUAAGAAAAGGAGGAGGAGGAGGUGGAGGAAGAAAAGAGAAGGCAGGAUGGACAAUCUGUGCAGCCUCAGUGGACUGGAUCCACUAUGGGACUGGAACCUGACCUGGUACACCCCCCACCCAGACCUGACCCAGUGUUUCCAGCAUACGGUCCUGGUGUGGUUCCCCUGUAUGUACCUGUGGUCCUGCAGUCCUCUCUACCUGGUCUACCUCUGGGUCACUGGCCAGGGAGGCAUCUCUCUGACCAGCCUCUGCUGUGCCAAAACUGUGCUGGGUCUGUGUUUAGUAUCCUUUGGCUUCCUAGAGGUGUUCUACGUGCUGGUGGAGAGGAGUGCAGAGAUACACCAACACAUGGUCUUCCUGCUUAGCCCUGUUAUACGCAGCCUUACUAUGCUCCUGGCAGUGUGUGUGAUCCAGUGGGAGAGGAUGAAGGGACGUCGUUCAUCUCUUCUUCUCUUCCUCUUCUGGACUCUGGCAGUGGUCUGCUCCCUCGUUCCACUCAGAGCCAACAUACAGCAGAUCAUAGAAGAGGGGUUCUUCACAGAUGCGAUGCGCUUCAUAGCAUUCUUCGUCUACUUCUCCCUGCAGCUGACCCAGCUCAUCCUCAGCUGCUUCUCUGACCAACGUUCCAGCACAGACACACACACCUACAGACAGAAUCCCUGUCCAGUGGAGUAUGCCUCUUUCCUCUCUAAGAUGCUCUUCUGGUGGUUUGGAGGGUUGGUUAUUAGGGGUUAUCGUACUCCCCUGCAGGCAGAGGAUCUUUGGUGUCUUAGAGAAGAAGACUCUUCAGACUGUAUCAUAGCAGACCUGGAGAAAGACUGGGCCAGGGAGUGUACUAAACUACAACAAAUGGACUGUAGUCUGUCUGGCUGCCAUCCUACAGGCCCUAAACUGACAGAACAGACCCAGCUGUUGAAGAAGCUGAGACAAGAACAGAACUCAGGGUUCUGUCUCUUCAGGGUUCUGGCUCGGAGCUUCGGACCUUUCUUCCUCAAAGGGACCCUCUUCCUCAUCUUCCACGACGCCUUCAUGUUCUCCAUACCACAGGUGCUCAGCCUCCUCCUGGGGUUCAUGUGUGACCAGGACAGCGACCUGUGGAAGGGCUUCAUGUUCGCCUUCCUGUUGUUCCUCCUGUCCAGCCUCCAGUCCCUGUUCAACCAUCAGUACAUGUACUCCUGCUUCACCGUGGGAAUGAGGGUGAAGACCGCUGUCAUGGGCCUGGUCUACAGGAAGUCUCUAGUGAUCAGCAGUGCAGCGAGGCAGUCCUGUACCGUGGGACAGAUUGUUAACCUGGUGUCGGCAGACACUCAGAAGCUCAUGGACAUGGUGGUCUAUUUCAACGCUGUGUGGGUGGCUCCCAUUGAGAUAGCUCUCUGUCUCUUCUUCCUGUGGCAGCUUCUGGGUCCGUCAGCCCUAGCCGGCAUCGCCACAGUGAUCCUUAUCUUUCCUCUCAACGGCUUCAUCGCCAAGAUGAGGAGCAAGCUGCAGGAGGUCCAGAUGCGGUACACAGACAGCAGGAUCAAGCUGAUGAAUGAGAUCCUGAGUGGGAUUAAGAUCCUGAAGUUCUACGCCUGGGAACAGGCCUUCCUGGAGAGGGUGCUGGGUUACCGGGAGAAAGAACUCAAUGCCCUGAAGAGAUCCCAGGUCCUCUACUCCAUCUCCAUCGCCUCCUUCAACUCUUCAUCCUUCCUGAUAGCGUUCGCCAUGUUCAGCGUCUACGUCCUCAUCGAUGAUAAGAACAUCCUCGACGCCCAGAAGGUGUUCGUUUCCAUGGCUCUCAUCAACAUUUUGAAGACACCCCUCAGCCAGCUGCCCUUCGCUAUGAGCACCACCAUGCAGGCCAUUGUCUCCCUGAGGCGCCUGGGAAAGUUCCUGUGCCAGGAUGAGCUGAAGCCUGACGACGUAGAUAGAGAACCAUACAGCCCUGAUGGUGAUGGGGUGGUGAUAGACAGCGGUACGUUUGGCUGGUCUAAGGAAGGUCCUCCCUGCCUGAUGAGGAUCAACGUGAGGGUGAAGAAGGGGUCUCUGGUAGCUGUGGUGGGACAUGUAGGAGGUGGGAAGUCCUCCCUGCUAUCAGCCAUGCUUGGGGAGACAGAGAAGAGGAGUGGUCACGUCUCAGUCAAGGGCUCUGUGGCCUAUGUACCUCAGCAGGCGUGGAUCCAGAAUGCCACCCUGAAAGACAACAUAGUGUUUGGUCAGGAGAGGAAGGAGAGCUGGUACCACAGAGUGGUGGAGGCCUGUGCCCUGCUGCCAGACCUGGAGAUCCUGCCUGCUGGAGACGGCACUGAGAUAGGGGAGAAGGGUCUGAAUCUAUCAGGUGGUCAGAAGCAGAGAGUCAGUCUGGCCAGGGCCGUGUACAGGAAGGCUGACGUCUAUCUCCUAGACGACCCUCUGUCUGCCGUCGACGCCCACGUGGGUCAACACAUAUUUGAGAGGGUGUUUGGUCCUAAAGGACUGCUCAAAGACCAGACUCGUGUCCUGGUGACCCACGGUCUGAGCUUCCUGCCCCAGGCAGAUCUGAUCCUGGUGAUGGUGGAGGGAGAGAUCACUGAGAGGGGCUCCUACCUGGAGCUGAUGGCACGUGACGGGGCCUUCGCUGAGUUCAUCAGACUCUUCGCCGGGAACGAGCGCAAGGAGCGCUCACACAGAGGAACCAGGAAGUCGGUAUCUCGUCUGAGUAUGACAGACUUCUCCAUAGAUCUUUCUCAGGAGCAGCUCAUUAGUGGAGACAUGAUGAGUAGUGCCAGUGUUCAGGCCAUGGAGGCCAUCUCAGACACAGAGGACCAGGGACAGGAAGACCUGGGGAAACUGACAGAGGCUGACAAGGCCAACACAGGAAGGGUGAAACUAGAGAUGUAUGUGGAGUACUUCAGGACCAUCGGUCUGGCUCUGAUCAUCCCCAUAGUCUUCCUGUAUGCAUUCCAGCAGGCCGCCUCCCUCGCCUACAACUAUUGGCUUAGCGUCUGGGCCGACGAUCCAAUCAUCAACGGCACCCAGAUCGACACAGACCUGAAACUGGGCGUGUUCGGAGCCCUGGGGUUCGCUCAAGGUGUGUCUAUCUUUGGCACCACAGUGGUCAUCUCUCUGGGGGGGAUAAUCGCUUCUCGCCACCUCCACCUGGACCUCCUCAACAACGUCCUGCAUUCCCCCAUGGCCUUCUUCGAGGUCACACCCUCAGGAAACCUGCUGAACCGCUUCUCCAAGGAGGUGGAUGCCAUUGACUGUAUGAUCCCUGAUGGUCUGAAGAUGAUGCUGGGAUACCUGUUCAAACUGCUAGAGGUCUGCAUCAUCGUUCUGGUGGCCAUGCCCUUCGCUGGGGUGAUUCUGCUGCCGCUCACACUGCUCUACGCAUUCAUACAGAGGUUUUACGUGGCUACAUCGUGCCAGCUCCGUCGGCUAGAGGCAGUCAGUCGUUCUCCCAUCUACACCCACUUCAAUGAGACGGUCCAGGGGGCCAGUGUGAUCAGGGCCUUCUCAGAGCAGGAACGCUUCAUCCUGCAGGCUAACGUACGCAUUGACCACAACCAGACAGCGUACUUCCCACGCUUCGUAGCCACCAGGUGGCUGGCGGUGAACUUAGAGUUCCUGGGGAAUCUGUUGGUGCUGGCAGCAGCCACCUUGGCUGUGAUGGGCAGAGACACACUGAGCCCUGGUAUAGUAGGACUGGCUGUGUCACACUCACUACAGGUGACAGGUAUUCUGAGCUGGAUCGUGAGGUCCUGGACUGAUGUAGAGAACAACAUUGUGUCUGUGGAGAGAGUUAAGGAGUACGCCGACACACCAAAGGAGGCGCCAUGGACCAUAGAAGGCAGCAUGCUCCCCCUGGCCUGGCCCACCCACGGUACCAUAGAACUAGAGGAAUACGGACUGCAGUACCGUAAAGGACUGGACUGGGCCCUGAAAGGAAUUUCCCUCAGCAUUCAGGAGAAAGAGAAGGUUGGGAUAGUGGGCAGGACUGGAGCAGGGAAGUCGUCCCUGGCAUUGGGAAUAUUCCGGAUUCUGGAAGCAGCGAAGGGAGAGAUCUAUAUAGACGGGAUAAACAUCGCUCAGAUCGGACUGCACGAGCUACGCUCCAGGAUCACCAUCAUACCACAGGACCCAGUGCUGUUCUCUGGGUCUCUGAGGAUGAAUCUGGACCCCUUCGAUGGCUACUCUGAUGAGGAGGUGUGGAGAGCCCUGGAGCUCUCCCAUCUCAAGAGCUUUGUGUCGGGCCUGCCGGACAAACUCAACCACGAGUGUUCAGAGGGGGGAGAGAACCUCAGUCUGGGUCAGCGCCAGCUGGUGUGUCUGGCCCGAGCCCUCCUGAGGAAGACGAAGAUCCUGGUUCUGGAUGAGGCCACGGCUGCUGUGGACCUGGAGACAGACAACCUGAUCCAGUCCACCAUCAGAACCCAGUUUGAUGACUGCACUGUCCUGACCAUCGCACACAGACUCAAUACUAUCAUGGACUACACCAGGGUGAUAGUGAUGGACCGAGGUCUGAUCACAGAGAUGGACUCUCCCUCCAACCUCAUCUCAGAGAGAGGUCAGUUCUACCUGAUGUGUAGGGAGGCUGGCCUGGUCUGAGCCCUCCCAAGCCAGGAGGCUCCUGAAUCGGGUAAACCCAGCCACGUCACCCCUUCCCCACCACCAGGGCUGGAGGGGCCAGAAGUGAUCAAACGGCCAGAGACACCAGGGGAGUAAAUACUCUACUAAAGACAAAGAGCUGCAGAAAUAAAACUCCUUUCAUUUAAAAAAAUAUAUUUUGUGAAAGGAUAUGAGGAGUGAAGCUUGAAGACAGAAGAGGGAUGAGAAUGACGUAGGGCUGAUGUGGGGAUCGGAUUGUGUUUGAGGCUGUCUGUUUGCAUCCCAAAUGGCAGCCGAAUUAUGGGUCCUGGUCAAAAGUAGUGCACUGUGUAGGGAAUAGGGUGCCAUUUGGGACAUUUACUUUGUGUAACCCUUCGUUGGACAUUAAGCUUUUUGACUUUGAACUACUGGGACAGGAUAUGACAUCAUAGGACGCUACUGACCUCUCAUGGCCUUGUGAUGAGGCAGUAUCAUGUGACGGAUGCACGAGGAGAAGAGGAGGAGAAGAUGGAGGGACUUAUGAAUGAGAGGGGCGCUUGAUAAACAGACACUCAGCCAGGAAGCAAAUUAUCAGCAACACACAUGUGCACAUAUACAGCAUGCAACAUACACACAAAAUGCAACACAAAACACACACACAAAACACACACACAAAACACACACACAAAAAGCAAUAUGCAACACACACACAAAAUGCAACACGCAACACACACACAAAACACACACACAAAACACAACACACACACAAAAAGCAAUAUGCAACAUACACACAAAAUGCAACACGCAACACACACACAAAACACACACACAAAACACAACACACAAACAAAAAGCAAUAUGCAACACACACACAAAAUGCAACACGCAACACACACACAAAAAACACAACACACACAAAAAGCAAUAUGUAACACACACACAAAAUGCAACACGCAACACACACACAAAACACACACACAAAACACACACACAAAACACAACACACACACAAAAAGCAAUAUGCAACAUACACACAAAAUGCAACACGCAACACACACACAAAACACACACACAAAAAGCAAUAUGCAACACACACACAAAAUGCUACACGCAACACACACACAAAACACACACACAAAACACACACACAAAACACACACACAAAACACAACACACACACAAAAAGCAAUAUGCAACAUACACACAAAAUGCAACACGCAACACACACACAAAACACACACACAAAACACAACACACACACAAAAAGCAAUAUGCAACACACACACAAAAUGCAACACGCAACACACACACAAAACACACACACAAAACACAACACACACACAAAAAGCAAUAUGCAACAUACACACAAAAUGCAACACGCAACACACACACAAAACACACACACAAAACACAACACACACAAAAAGCAAUAUGCAAAAUACACACAAAAUGCAACAUGCAACACACACACAAAACACACACACAAAACACACACAAAAAGCAAUAUGCAAUAUACACACAAAAUGCAACACCCAACACACACACAAAACACACACACAAAACACAACACACCAACAAAAAGCAAUAUGCAACACACACACAAAAUGCAACACGCAACACACACACAAAACACACACACAAAACACAACACACACACAAAAAGCAAUAUGCAACACACACACACCUUAAAUGGUCCUGAAGGU